AUUGUGUGCUCACCUCCCGAGGAAGCUUCUGAGAUCGUCAUGGGCGCUUUACGAGCGGGGAAAGGUGUAUUUUGCGAGAGGCUCCCCAGUUUAGACAGGCAGACAGCAGAAGCUUGUUUUGAUGAAGCUGACAGAUGUGGAAGACCAUUGGUUUGUGGAUUCUACAAGCGUUUUGACCCCGCGCUGCAGUUCUUGUACAAAAAGGUCCGUGACAGCCGGGCGCUGGGGAGGAUUCACCGCAUAUCGACCAUCAGCAGCAUUUACCCCGCAGCCUCUCUCAACUUCCUGAAGAAGUCAGGUGGAAUUUUUUAUAAUGCUGCGGUGCAUGAUAUAGAUAUCAUCAGUUUGUUGCUGGGAGAGAGUGCACCAGAUACAGUAUUUUCACUGGGACAUGCAUUCUGUGCAGAUAUGGCCUACUUGAAGGAUGCCGACACUGUAGCCGUCAGCAUGAAGUUUCCUAGCGGAGCAAUUGUUACUUUGGACAUCAGCCAGCACUGCACUAGGAGCUGUGAUCACAGACUGGAGGUUCAUGGUUCUCAAGGAGCGUUACGGGUAGAUAAUCGGAAUCCCUUGGGAAUUACAGAGCACGGAACCUCUGUGUCCGUGUGUUCGCAGAGCCAGGCCGACCGCUACAGCGACGCGCACAGGGAGCUCUUCCGCCACUUCAUCCGGACCCUCAAAGGCAAAGAACCUCCCAUGAUAACCAAAGAGCAGUUUCUCUGGACAAUUCAGGUAGCUGCAGCUGCAGAGCAGUCCUGGAGAAAUGGAUCUGCCGUUGACUUACGGAAUGAAGCAAUAGAUUCGUCUGUAAUCAAGACUGAAAUAAUGUGA